AUGGGAAUUAAUGCACUGUCGUGCUUUCUUUUAACUCUGCUUGUCCAAGUAUCAGAAAGCGACUGGCUGAACUGUGCAUACAUAACAGAAUGCCACUGCAAAUGGUCUUCCGGCAAAAAGACCGCGUCCUGUGUAAACGCCGGCCUAACUCAAAUACCUCGAUUAGCGACCGACAUCCAAGUUCUCGAUCUGCACGGAAACAUUCUGAGAGAACUGUACGAGGACGCCUUUGUCGCCACGGAAUUACUAAACUUGCAGCGGCUAAACUUGAGUGCCACACAUUUGCAUUUCUUGCAUCACAAUGCUUUCAGAGAGCUCCGUAUUUUAAUAGAAUUAGACCUUUCAUCCAACCAACUGACUCAACUCUCUCCUGACACUUUCAAAGGGAACGACCGUUUAAGGCUCUUGGUCCUAAAUGACAAUCCUUUGAGUCAAUUAGUUGCGGAGCAAUUCCCCACUCUACAACAUUUGAAGAAAUUAGAACUUUCACGAUGUCGGCUAAGGAAAGUGCACCCCUCUGCUUUCGUGAAUCUGCGGGCUCUCGAAACUAUUUACGUGCACCAAAACCAUUUGUCGUAUCUCCAUCCUGAUACGUUUAAUCUGCCCGUUUUGAAGACACUCACUCUUGCGGAUAAUCCUUGGUAUUGCGAUUGCCGGCUAAGAAACUUUCACGAAUGGUAUCUUAAUAGUAACGUUGGCAAUGAAGAAUUAGUCUGUGUAGGACCACGUAGUAAAUCCCAAAUUACAUGGAGAGACCUGGAUAGUGAAGACAUGGCUUGUCCGCCCACCGCCAUAACCAGUCCCUCCGUCAUAAGAACUGAACUAGGCGCAGACAUCUACUUUGGUUGUUUGAUCAGAGGUGAUCCUAUGCCGACGGUGUCUUGGACGUUUCAUCUAGAAGAAAUCACGAAUAACUCCAACAGAAAUAGUGAAAUAACGAUUUAUAGAUACCGUUUCAGGCACUUCAACGAGUAUAAAGAUGAUUUCGUAAAUAAAAGUGCACAGUGGGUGAAUGUAACUAUAAAUAACGUAACAAGUGAAUUCGCUGGAGAGUGGAAGUGCACCGCUAAAAGCAUAGUGGGAGAGGCUAACGCGUAUUUGACAAUAUUUUUACCUAAAGCGAGAGUGGCGACCGCCCGCAGCGCGCCAGACUAUUCCAACAUUUUCAUAGCUGCAGGUUCUAUGUUGGCCAUGGCUGGAACUGGGAUAAUAGGUACGUGUAUUUGUUGGAAAACACGCCGAAGAGUGCCACCGAGUAGAAGCUUCACAGACCAAGAGAAGAAACUCAUUGAUACAUCACUAGCAGCGAGUUGCGAGCGAACCAGUACAGAUAUGGGAUCAUACGGGUUUGAAAUGUUCGAGCGGUCAGUCUCAAGCGAAAAUUGUAUGGAACCUGUACAUAUAACGAUAGAAGGACCUUCAGGAGGCUACCCCCCUCCCCCUGCGGAAUUCUCUUUACCGGCACCGUAUGGAAACAUCUUCAUAUCGGUACAGGUGAAAGGGCAUAAAGAUAAGUUUCCAGAUUUGUUAGGCGGAGGUUCAACUCUUCCAAAAAGAAGUAGAACGUGUCUUUUAAGGCCAACAUACGAUAAUAUGGGACCAAGAGUAACUGCUACCGGCAGUUCUACGUGGUCCUUACCUGGAGCGAAUCCAGGGGAUCUUAAGGAAUCAAUAAGAGAUAACUUUUCAUCGGAAUUCACUGCGUUGUAG